AUGGAGGAUCUACUGCCGGGGUCCCUGAGCUCAUUGCAUGGUUUACAAGCAUUGAACCUUUCUGAAAAUACUUUCCUUGUUGAACUUCCCAGUUACAUUUCUGAAUUUGUCAACCUACAAUAUUUGGACCUACAUGGCUGCUCAAAUCUUAAAGAGCUGCCACAUGGCAUUCAUAAACUCAAAGAGCUACUACACCUGAACGUAUCAAGAUGUGGUAGCCUACAAUCGCUGCCUGAAGAGUUUGGGGAGCUUCGGAAACUUGCAUUCCUCGACCUUUCACAUUGUUCUCAGCUUCAAACGCUGCCUCAAUAUUUUGGUGGCCUUCAGAGUCUUUCGUUUCUCAAUCUAUUGCAUUGUUCCGAACUUCAUGGGCUGCCUGAUUCUUUCAAUUGCCUUACAAAUAUGAUACAUCUAAAUAUGUCCUUCUGCCACCAGUUGAAAGAACUGCCUAGUGGGUUAUUUAAGCGCAUGAAGAAGCUUCUAGUCUUGAAUUUGUCUGGCUGUACCUCUCUUGAAGUUCUUCCUGAAGUUUGUGAGAAUGAUGCUAGCUGUCAGAUGUUGGAGAUUCUGGACUUAUCAGAUUGUACUAAUCUGGCUGCCCUUCCGGAUACCUGUACUAGUCUUUUUGAGCUCCGGUGUUUAAAUCUAUCAGGUUGUUCUCGAAUUCAGAACUUUCUAAAUUUGAUUCCGCACUGGAAAUUAGGUAAUAAGUUGGAGUACCUAAAUCUCACUGGGGUGGGUGCAAAAGCAUAUUCUGAAGCUCCCGGAACCUCUGCGGGAAAUGCAGAGAGUUCAGAAGAUCACAAUAAACAACUACAGCUAUGUAUGCUGCACGAGCAUAUCAUCACACAACAUUUGGUUCAUCUUAGGUACCUGUCAGUUGGAGGGUUCACACUCUUCUCGGAGCAAGGCAUUUCAAGAGCAAGAUUAGUAGACCUUCUAACCUUGCCCAAUUUUGAUGUACGGACACAACCCGGUGACAACCACAGCAAUAUUAUGCUUCUCCAGCACAUCCUGGAUCUCACACAACAUCAGCUAAACAUCAAAUGCCUUGAGAAUGUGGUUUCACCAGAGGAAGCAAAGCAAGUGGAACUGGGCAGGAAGCAACAACUUCAUUUCUUGAGUCUUGAAUGGUCCGAUACAGGAUCUUCUAUUGAGGGUGAGCAUCGAGCUCAGGCCAAGGCAGUGCUGGAACAUUUGAGGCCCCAUCAAAAUUUAAGGCGCCUCUCUAUAAAAGGCUACAAUGGUGACGGAUUUCCCAAAUGGAUUAAUGAGAUAAGUGAUACACUUCCGUAUCUGGUGAAAAUUGUAUUCUCCGAACUCAAUGGAUGUGAUCAUAUUCCUAAACUGGGACAUUUACCAAAUCUACAGGAACUGGAAAUUAAUAAUAUGCCCCUGCUUCAUCAUGUGGAAAUUGUAUCAUGCAAGAAGCUAAGAAAAUUGACAUUGGUUAGACUGCGAGUCAACGCCACUAUACAUAUAUUUUAUGAUGACAACACACAAGCACAAGUCAAUGAGGUGGGAUUAAUUCAUAACCGUGAUGAGGAAGAGAUAGAAACAGGAAAGGAGAUUGACAAUUCUCUUCCUGUAGGUAAACCAGUGAAAAGAAAGGGUAAGGGUUUUCUGAAACUGAAAGCUCUAUGGCAUGGCAUGUCGAGAAAAAUAAAGAGAACGCAGGACAUUGGUUCUGGAAAUGGCUCAUCGGCAGUUACAAGCAGGCCGGCACUACCCCCAGGCCCAUCUAAUGAAGAAAGAAGAGAACAACCAGCAGUCCCUGUGCUUGAUUAUUUGAAAAUAGAAAGCUGCAAGCAACUAAAACUCUUUCCAUAUGUCCCACUGUGUAAAGAGUACUUCAUCAAGGGUAGCAGCCCCAGCCUUGAUCUAGAUGUGCAUGAUGACGUUGAGCAAUGGAUGGAAGUUACAGAGAACAACAUGGAUGAACUAAUUAUCAUUGGCAUGCAAAGGUACGGAUGGGGGUUCGAUUUGUACGAGGAAAUGGAGGAACAUGGGUCUCCUUCCAGAAGGUAUGGGUAUGGACAGGAGUUCCGUUCCAGGACGUGCAAAAAGGAGUCUGGUUCUGGAACCCUUCGGAAACUCAAGAUAACAGACUGCGAAAGGAGUCUUAUUCCUCGACUGUUGCUUCUAUUCACAUCUCUAGAGGAGCUAGAAUUGGAUGGCUUGAACACCAUUGAUAAUGACUUGAAGUCAACUCUGUGCAAAAUGACCAGAUUGGAAAAACUGACUAUACCGUUUCUUGAACUUCCACCAGAAGAAGAAACAAACAACAUUAUUCAAACACUUUCCAUUCAUCAUAUUCCAUAUGUCAAUACAAGAGAGGUGGCUCUUUUUUGUGUAAGACCAAAGUGCGCCACUAGUUGCUCCAGUAACUUCUCUCUUCUAUAUCAAAACCAUGACUGCGAAGUUAAGCAGCUAAUUAUUAAGAACCUUGAGCAUGUGGGGAGAGCAGAGGAAGUAGGUGAUCAUCACGGAUUGACCCAAUAUCAGCAACUGCAGUCACUAAGUUUGAUGUGGUCCAGCAGCAGUUUACCAGGAGAUUCAAGCAUAGUUAAUGACAUUGCAGUUCUUGAAAAACUCCAGCCUCAUGGGAACCUAAAAAAACUUCGAAUUGAAGGCUUCAGGGGUGAUACGUUUUGCUCUUGGAUGGUGAACAUAAGUUCUUUCCUCCCAAACCUUGUGAUAGUUGAGCUGUCUGACGUGAUGAACUGUGAGCACCUCCCUUCAUUGGGUCAACUAGAAAACAUGGAAGUGCUGCACAUCUCAGAUAUGCCUAGGAUCAGCAAAGUGGGUAGCGUUAUCUAUGGGGGUGCGAGACCAUUUAGGAAAUUGAGAGAACUUGAAAUCAAGAGAAUGAAAAACCUGGAGUGGAUUACCACACUUGCAACUGAUGAUGAUCAACAUCUUCAUAGAAGCCGUGAAUAUGAAAUAUUUCCUAAUCUCCAAGUGCUUGCUAUUGUAGACUGCCACAGGCUGAGGUUUGUUCCAGCUUUCCCAGGAAGUCGGAGAUGUAACAUCAAAAGAAGCAGCGAUGUGCUACCAUCUGAGCAAUACAUCGGAAGUUCAGAAUUAACAUCAUGGAGCAUGGAAAUAGAGGACUGUGCCUUUUCUCCAGAAGAUUUCAAAUUUCUUAAGAACACUAUUAAUCUAGAGCAACUCAGUUUUCGUUCCUGCAUGAAUCUGAGGACCUUGCCACCUACCAUGCGGAGCGGCCACUCCCUCAGGACAGUAGAGGUAGUAGAUUGUCAGAAUUUUUCUGCUCUACCGGAGUGGCUUGGAGAACUCACGUCACUACAGGAGCUGAGAGUGCACGCUGCCAAUCUGCAGCUCUUGUCCCAAUCGAACCCGUACCUGACUUCUUUGGACACGUUAGUUGUCAACAAGAGGAACAUCGGAGGCUCCAUCAGCACAUCUGAGUUGCCUGUUCUUUCCUUCCGGAGAAGUGGUUCUAAUAUAGUCGAACUACAUAUCGACUAUCUUAAAAUUAGGGAUGAUCCUGUUUGGAACGAAGAAGAAGUCCACUUGAAGUACAAUACUUUCCUUCGCUUGAUGUCACUUACAAACCUUGUGAAACUGGAGAUCUGCUGUGUGAUAACUGAGCAUCUGCAGCUGAUGCCUUCACUCACAAACCUUGUGAAGCUGGAGCUCUGCUAUGUGCACAUUAAGCAUCUUCAUUUGGAUCAAGCACAGAGUCUUGAAGAGCUGCACAUUUCAUGGAUAAAGAGGUGGCAAGUUCGCAUCUCGUGCACUGGACCACUUAAGAAACUCAAAAGAAUUGUCAUGUCAGAAUUAAACAACGUGAAGUUGCAAAUAUCCAUGGAGGUGGAGGGGCAGGGUAGCGAUGAAAAUUUGUUUCCAAGCCUUCAAGAUCUGGAGAUGUGCUGUUGUUCUAGGCUGAGGUUUGAACCAUCAAUCCCAAGGAGCGCCAGGUACAUCUUAUCAGGCAGGGAAGGACAACCAGGCCAAGACCUGUGUCCAUCUUUUCAUCGAAUCAUGGGACCAUCCAUCCCUACGUCAUUAUCCAAAAUGGAGAUCAGAGGGUUUUCAUCCUUAUCAUGGGAUGGUCUUAGACAAUUUGAAAUUGGUGAACUGACUAUAGACGGCUGCUCUGACGAGGUACCUUUGCCAGAGAGCAUUCGGGGAUGGACAUCCCUCCAGAAACUACAGAUAUUGAACUGUGAGAGUAUUACAAUGCUGCCAAGGUGGUUGGGCGAGAUUACCUCCCUCCGGGAGCUCAAGGUGGAUGCCUACAAUAUAGUAGCUAUACCUGCAUGCAUACAACAGCUCACCAGUUUGCAGUCCUUGACACUGUCAAAAUGUGGAACGUUACUUGUGCAAGGAUGCAAAUCUGGAAAGGAUAAGGAGAAGCUGGAAAGACUUCGAGAUCUAGGGGUAGAUGUGAGGAUAGAGCCGAAAAAUAUGGUCAAACUACGAAUUAUACAUUCAGAGACCUCUCCGCUACCGUCGUUAGAGUCCACGAAUGCUUGGACAUUCGAGUCCGCUUUCCCACUCUUCAGGGCCUUGAGUCAGAAGAAGGCCGAGGGCUUUGUUCCUGCUCAGUUUCUCCAAGUGGGCGGCGACGAGGGCCAGUUUGCCACUUCUUUCUCCCUGUCGUCCACGGUGAGCUGA